ACCUAUUGUGCGAGUGUAAUUAUUGCAUCAAAAGGCAAAGAGUAACCAUGCAUCUUUUCGUCCUUAUUUUCGCUUUUGGCAUCGCCUUCACCCCCGGCUAUGGUCAUCCCAGCUACGGUCAUCCCGACACACUCAAAGGCCUUCACUUUAUCGGUGUCGGGUAUGAUAUAAUGAGGGGAAAUCCAGACUGUGAUCUUUCAAAAGGCGGAAUUGACCCAGAGCUGAAAACUACCAGAAAAAUUCUAAAACUGACGUGGAAUGACGGAAAGCUCUCAGUUGAUAAGAAGUACAAGGUGCCAGAUCAGAUUGCCUUUGCUGAUCGUAACUCCCGUGUAGAAGAAAUCGUGCAAAAAGUCUUUUUUGGACCUAGAUCCUACCAAGACAAACUCAAGACUGUUGUAAAAGUCGACGGUGGUGUGAACUAUGUAUUAUGGAAAUUUGCAUUCAGCCUCAAUACAAUGUAUCAGAAGGUUUCUUACCAAACAUUACAUGCAGAAAAUGUCUUUUACGAGGAGAAAACUGUACAUAAUCUUGGAAAAGCACGAUACCAAAUGGACCUUGUUAAAUCGGAACGUUUCCCCAUCACCAAUGAAUUUGCUGCUGCUGUCUGUAACUUACCACAAAUAUAUGACCGGAUGGCUUACCACAGAUUUAUAAAGGAUUGGGGGACGCAUAUUGUCAGCGAGGUGGAACUUGGAACCAAGAAGAUUGAACGCUACAAGAGUUCGUAUGCUGAUUUCUUCAAGUAUGCGAUGAAACAUGUGAAAACUGCGGUGUCUAUGUCUGUGUCUAGCGAGUACCGUAGCUCUCUCUCCGUUGACUCUAAAAGGUUCACGGCGUCCAUGACAACUGGCAUUUCAUUUGGAAGUGACAAAGUUAUGUUUCAGUGUGGUACAAGUAACAACCCUGAGCCCAUUGGAAUGAGGUUGAUUUCUAUUGACCAGGCAUUUGACGACAGCUUCUUCAAGGCACUUAGUAAGAAAUACAAAUGUCAGAAUUUGGCACAACGGAGAUUGAACGUGAUAAAGAUUUUGGAAGAAUACCCAGUCUUAGAAGGAGCUAAAACAUAUCCUCAAGAUCCUAUAAUCCGCAUUCCUCUUACUUGGCCACUGGGAAAAUACGGACUUCCUAUGGCAAAAUCAGGAUGUCCAAAUGGAGGUUUUUGGCACACGGGCUGGCGAUACCACGACACCGAAGAUAAAGACCCAAACAAUCAUUGGUCAAACCCCUACGAUUUGUCGGGACGUGUUGGCAAAAGUUACAUGAAUCAAGAGUUCUGUAUAAAGACAAAGUCUCGAACAUCCAGGUAUAAUAUGCCAUGGCCUGAAGGAAAAUAUUGUAUCUUUAAAAAAGAAGAUUGCCCUGCAGAUUUCGAGGAGGCAUACAUUCGUUGGGAUGAUGAAGAUGACGAUAACAGAAAUGAAAGAGGUGGCACGCUUCCGGAAGGUCAUUACAACUAUAACACUCGCAUCGAAUACUGUUGCCGUACGGAUGGAGAUGCCACAGAAGCCAUUCGCCUUCCAACUGGCUCACCGUUUGCGCUGAUAAAGGCUAACACCCACUUCUGUCAGGAAGUGGUCGGAAUGAGACACAGAUCAGCGUAUUUUUACUGGGACACCGAAGAUCACAAACCGAAUGCCGCCAUACACGGACCGAUCAACGCUGAGUUGGAUUCACACCGUAAUAUAAAAGUUCACUACUGUUAUUACACUUAACCCAGUAUCAGUGCCCCACUCGCAGCCACAGACGUAACUGAUGCCUCAAGAAGAUUUCGCCUUGUUUUUAGACAUUAGAAGUGAACGAGAAAAAUAAAGGGAAAGUAAAUUGUAAACUAGCGUCAGAAGGCGCUUUUGAGAUCAGAAAUUAAAGCUAACAUGGUGCUGGGUCAAUUGA